AUGAACGAGCUGAAGUUCGGUGGAUCCUCGGACAUGCUGUUCGAUCCUUGCGAUAUCGAGGGGUGGCAGUUCUUGCCAAACGGUGGUGGCGGUGACGGCGAGUCGAGAGAUGCAACAGUGGAGACGAACGGUGUUUUGGAUAGCAGUGGUCGGCGGAACCGUCCGGUGAACAGGACGCACACCUCCGUCGCCUCACUUCCUCCUCCGCCUGUACCCCCUAGGUCGCUGUUGACCUUCCCGGUUGGUUCCAGAGUCAACAGGGGCGGCGACCCCGGGAUAGACGAUUCGUCACCGGCAUCUGCUGUCAGUGUCCCCUGCUCGUUGCAAAACAAAUCGGCUGAGCGGGUGAGGAACAUGUUCACGCACAGCGACCCGUUCCAGGACGAGUUCUUUCGUUCCUGA